AAGGCCACCGGCCGCAGCUGUCAGUCAGCUCGUGCUCUUCGCACUUCACACUACACAGCUCGCAUCUCCUCCGAACAUCAUGCACCUGUGCAGGGCAGCUUGGCAAAGACUGGCACCUCUGGCCAGCAGCAGGGGCACCGCUGCUCUUCUACGAAAAGCACCCCUCCGCCAGAUGUCUUCUAGCAGUGUUCCUGGAUCUUCAGGCGAUGCUCUGCCUUAUUACCUGUUUGUAGGUAUCUCUCUGACCGGAGCAGGAGUUUAUGUAUACAGAACACUUAGCAGUGACAGAGACCGUUUCCAGGAUCGCCAUUCAUACCUUGCAAAUAGACGAAAAAGUAAGAAUACAGUUUUGGUACAGUUGUAUAUUAAAUCUGAAAAAUAUUUGAGUUUAAUAUUUUAUUUUGAGUCCAAUUUGAGACUUACAGAGGCUGAGGCCAGUGACGUCUCUGAGGUCAAUGAGGAGGCUGCUGAUGUUGCUACACUUGAGGCUGUAGCGGUGGCUGUUGAAGAAGUUACUGAGCAGGAAGCGCUACCGACAGAAUCUUCAGAGACGCAAGAGGUGGUUGUUGAAGUAGUGGAAAUGCCAGCUGCUACAGAGCAUGCAGAAGAGAUUGAGCCAACGCCAAACGCUGAGGAUGCCCCAGCACAAGUGGAGCAGGACAUUGGAUCUAGUGAUGAGGUCUCUGAGGUAACAUCUUCACCUACACUAGAGGCAAGUGUAGACAACAUUCAGGAGGAGCUGGUGUCAGCUGCAGAAGAUUGGACUGAGCUCUAUGCAAGGAAACCAGAGGAGGCCAUUACUGAGACCUCCCAAGAAACACAAGUAACUGAUGAGACUGUAGAAUCAGAAGAGGUGGCCGCAAGUUCCUAAAGGAAAGAUCAUGUUACAGAAAGCAAAUUUACAUUGAAUUUGAUGCCCAAGAUACCCAUCACAACCAGAUCACCAUUGUUCUUGAUAUCCAACGUCUACCUGUAGCAUGAAUGCAUAUUUCCCUGUACUUAAUUAUAUGUUCCCAUUGAAAUAUACAGUGCUGCUUUUUCAUGUUGCUCAAAUUUGAGGAAAGUUAAAUUGCUAAUAGGUACUAUAUAUUUAACCCUUUCUCUGCUGGAUGGGAUGUUAGAAAAUGUAUUUCUUUACCAAAUUCCACAGGGAAAAUGUGAAUUAAUUUUGAUAGUACACGCUACAAUAAUAAGGCAUCUUAAUAAGUACUAACCAGUGACUUGUUUGAUUAACUCUAUGGCAUUUAUUUACUGUCAUCCCUGCCCUGCAAGGGACAUAUUUAGUCCUAAUUAUGUGAUUAGAACUAAAUAAAUAUGGCGCAUAACUGACAGUUUGACAUAGUGUUGAACAAUAUUUCUUUUAACACUGCCCCCGUGCCAUUUCAUCAGAAAUGCAUUGCUUGUCACAGGGAUUCCAAUUCAUAGCCAUUCCAAUCCAGUAGAAACGCAUAUAAUAACUAAUUUAUUACAAGCUUUGUAAAUGCUUUAGUUGCACCACCCCUGUACAUUCUAUAGGGACAAUUCCACAGUGGUGCUCCAAUACUUUAGAAAACACUUUAAGAAUUCAACAGUUUUGACAUCUCAGAAACCUA